CGAGAAUAAAUAUUUUAUAUAUUUGCACUUAUACGGUGUCGCUUACAUUCCUCAGCAACUCAACACACCCCCCCCCCUCCACAUUGCACCUCAAUCUCCAACAUUCCCAGGGCACCCCCAGUGGUAGCUACCCCUAGGCGGCACAAGGUGUACAACACAGCAACGGCCUGCGAGCGGGCAUACUCGCUCUCGAUUGACCUCACGGGGCUCUUUAAAUUCUACUGUGAAGCAGACGGCACGUGGUAUUCGUUUGCAUUCGUUUUAACCACAGCGUUAACCAAGGCGGCUGGGCCUACUACGUGUGUGUGUGUUGCGAGUGGGGAGUGGUGGCGCGGCAGUAACCCGGCGGAGACCCGAGUUCAAUUGCCGCUCGCGGCAGCCAGCGACAUCGGCAAAUAUCUGAAUCGGUCCUGGGCCCGCCGCCCGGUCGGCUCGCCCUUAAAUGAUUACCCGGUGCAGUGUGUAUUAGCAAAGGCUGCAGGCCGUCGUGUCAUUGGGGUAGUUUGACCAUUCAUCACGCCUGUCGGCUGGGUUGUUGAAAGGGGGGGGGGAAGGGGGGGCGGGAUAACCAGGACUUGUUCAGACAUCAAUCGCCACAGAUGUCGGCCAUUGGCCAGAAAAUCAAACCUUGGUCAAUUGGGCUCAUAGCACCUCCGAUUAGCAUGGUUGGCUACGUACGUAGCGCAGUGGGCUAACUGCACGACCGCUCCCAAUAUAACACCCGGAUGCAGUUUGCAUGAACCACAAUGCUGUAGAUAAACCCAGAGACUCGUAGACUCAUCCAGAGCCAUAGAGACCCAGAGACUUAAUUCAGAGUGAAUUCUUAGGGACCAUUGUGUACCAGCGGCACUAUCCCAUUUUACAGAAUAUGAUAAAGUACAACCCAAUGGUUGCUUUGGCUAAGGCAACAUAGCAGAAUUGUCCCCUUCUCUGAGACUAUUGCAGAUGAUAUUCCUCUGUGAAACACAACAGCAACUUCCUUCACAAAAGCCUUGCGCUAUACGAUCGGCUAUAAUACCAAAGGUGCUCAGUUAUUUGAUUUGAUUCAGUUCCAGAUCUGAAGAUCGUUAAAGUGGAAGGAGCCAGUGAGAAGCCAGAGGAGAUGGAGGAUUCCCAUGGAGGUCUGCGCACUGCAGACCAGAACUUCAUCGAGGUGGAGUUGUCAGGGGAGGACGUUGGUGAAGACGAGGGUAGGGAGAUGGAGCCGUUGUGCGAGGCGUGCCGGAGGGACCUUGGCAGGUGGUUCGUGUCGGGUCAAGCAAAACCCACGGGACUGUCCCCACGAUGCUGCCUGCGGUGCGGGAAGACGCUUAGAGGCGUCGCAUCACGCAACAACAACAACGUUCCACUGAUGAGGACAUUGACACCAAAGGAGCCGUGCGUCGUUCGAUCGGAAACAGCGAAGGCUUCCAUGCCCGCACGCAGGCCGGUGGUGCACAAUGAACGGCAGAGGCGGCACGUGUGCGGCGAGUGCAGCAAGGGCUUCAGGCAGCGCUACAACCUGGAGAGGCACGUGCGGAUCCACACGGGCGAGAAGCCGUACGUCUGCACGCAGUGCGGCAAGGGCUUCUCGCAGUACUACAACCUGGAGAGGCACGUGCUGAUCCACACGGGCGAGAGGCCACACGUCUGCACGCAGUGCGGCAAGGGCUUCUCGCAGAUCGACACCCUCAAGAGGCACGCGAGGAUGCACGCCGGCGAGCAGAAGCCUUGAGGUCGAAGGGAUUUGUGCUUGG